UUAUUUUGUUAUAGAUAAGUUUUGUAAUUUAAUGCAAGGUACAUCAAACGUAGUAAACCAACUAUCGAAUGGGCUGAAUCCCACAAGGAUUACUAGAGGAAAAUUGAUUGCUAAUAGUGUAAAAAUAAAAUAUGCUACUCAACAACUACAUCUUGGUCUCAUUAACAUAGAAGAAUUUUUGAAACGUUGUACGUAUUCCGUGGCAUAUGAAGAACGAUUAAGAAAUUGUUCACUUAACAUAACAUAUGACAAUGAAAAUGAAGAAGACUAUGGAAUUCAAGAACAAGAAGAUAACAAUCAAGAACCAGAAGAUGUAUUAAUUGAGAGCGAUAAUGAAAGCUACAAUAGACCAGUAAGUGACGAUGAAACCGAUGAAUUAGAGACAAUAGAUGAUGGUGACCAUGAAUUUGACAAUAUCCUGAAAGUUAAUGAACCAAAUGAUCUUGGAAUUGAAGACUAUUUUCAGGCAGCAAAUGUAGAUAAUGGCCCUCUGUUGGAAAAUAUAGGGAAUGAAGAAGAUUUUAUUAUUGAAGAGGAAUUAGAUCCUGAUAUGAUACGGAUUAUGGAAACUGACCAUAGAAUAAGAAUGUUGGAAAUAGAAAACUUACCAUUUGUUCAGGUUCCAUCUAUUUUUCCUCCAAUUACCAACUCUGAUCGAAUGUGUGUAGUUUGCUCUGUUUCAGAGAAAACUCAUGAAUUCAUACCAUGUGAACACAUAGCUGUGUGUG